AUGGACUUGGGGGCGAACCUAGCAGACGGGGGAGGGGUCCGAGGAGGAGGGGAAAUGGGAGAGAAGGGUGGGGAAUUGGAAAGGUUGGCUGGAGAGGGAGGAGGAGGAGGAGGAGGAGGAGGAGGAGGAGGAGGAGGAGGAGGAGGAGGAGGAGGAGGAGGAGGAGGAGGAGGAGGAGGAGGAGGACAUGUAGGAUUGGACGGCGCCUUGUCAGCUGUGGCGGCAUGGCCUGUGGUUGGUCAGAAUCACCAUGUGAGUCACGUGGGCAGAGAAGAGAGAGGGCCAUGGGUGGGACGCAAGGUGGGGGAGGGAGUGCCGCAGCUCACAGCAGCACCGGAGUUUGGGGUGCAGAACGGGACUUUGGAGGGAGGGAGAGAAGCACAGAGCGCUGCUGGUAGUGGCAUCAGCUUUACCGCCGUCAGCUCCGCCAGUGCUGCUGGUAGUAGUGGUGUGAUUG